AUGAAAAGGCUAUUUCGUUGGAUUUGGAAGACACAAGAUGAAAAUAAUCCUACUGAAUUAGAAGAAAAAGAAAUAGUCUUACAAAAUAUGUCAUGGUCACAAGAUGAGAUACAAGAUGGUCUAUCGAAAUCUUUAUUUAAUACUAUUCCUAAUGAAAUCAUUUUACAUAUAUUUCGAUUUCUUUCCGUUCGUGAUCUUUGUAAUAUCUCUCUUGUUUGUCGAUCAUUUAAAAUAAUUGUUGAUUGUGAUGAAAUAUGGAAAACAAAAUGUAAUACAUCAAUGAAGUUAUAUUCAAAAUCAUAUAAACAACUUUAUGUCGAAUGGAUGCAGAAAAAAUGCUUAUGCACUAAAAAUAUUUUAGCAUAUCAAAAUUAUUGCAGACAUCAUCGUCCAUGUUGCAUAUAUCAACCUUAUUCAUUUCCACGUCGAUCAAUAAAUAAGCAUAAAUCAACAUGUGGAUUUAAUCAAUAUCCAAAUUCCACAGAAGAACUAACAAUCGAAUUGUUAAUUGAUAUUGAUCAAACAACUCCUGAACUAAUUUCAUUGUGGGAAAACUCAUCUCACAUUCAAGAACAAUGCUCGCAAACAAUCGUAUUAAAACAGAUGAUACAAAGAUAUUAUCGAUUUAUGCAAUUAAAAGCAUCUAAUGCACCAAAUAUUCUUCUAAUUCCAACAUUAGAUAUAGAAAUAGUUUGGCAAACUCAUUUACUACGACCAGAAAUAUAUCGCAAUGAUUGCCUUCGUUUAUUUUAUCGUAUCAUUGAUCAUUCAUUGAUUAUUAAAGAUGAAAUUGAACAAUUUUUCAAAGAACAAGCAUUUUUAGAUACAUGUCAAUUAUAUGAACAAACAUUUGGAGAAAAAUACUGUACUUUACCAAUGAGUAUAAAAGGAAAGAAUGUUAUAUUACAUAAUAAUUAUCAAUCAGUAUAUAUUAAAAAACCGAUUUAUUCUUAUUGGAAUGAAACAUAUUUUGAAUUUUCAUCAAAUCUAUCAAAUGAUUAUGAAAAUCCAUUUUCAUUUACUGAAAAUGAUAUUAUUCAUGAUGGAAAAUGGUUGAAUUUAUGGAAAGAAAAUAUGUUUAACGGUUAUCAAUUCUCCAAAAAAACAAGAUUCUGUAUAACUCCAGACGUUUUGAAAGAUUUCAAAAGAAUUUAUGAAAGAUUUUUAUAUAUGACAGCUAAUAAACAUCCUCUCAACAAUAUCAAUAGUUCUGUAUCAUUUGCAUAUUCUGUCGAUUUUAUGUGGCAUUUACAUAUACAAGAACCAUUAAAUUAUGAAUCUGAUUGUCUUCGUCUUGUCGGUCACUUAAUUUCGUCCAGUCCUUCGAUCAAUUGUUGA